CUUCCUUUAUUCAUCUUAUCAGACAUUUUGAAGCACAGCUCGGUAAUGCCAUUAAGACCACUCGCAUUCUCAUUAGUUGCUCUUACUUUGGUGAUACGUAAAACGUGUUGCUCUUAGCUUGUUGACAUGUAAGACGUGUAAAAGCAGAAAUAGAAAAGAAUAGAAAGGUAAGAAGAAGACAAAACAUUGUUUUCCAGCAACCAGUCCAUUCAACAGGAUUUGAUGGUCUCCAUUUUCCCAAUUAUUUCAUGUCUAUUGGAACAUAUUACAGAGUUUAAAUGGCCAACGGCUGGCCUUGGCUAAGCAGAAAUUAAACAUUUAUUAUACACAGUGACACAAAAUAGUUGUACGAAAAUGUUUUUUUUUUUUUUUGCUUUAAACAUAUGCACUUGGGCAGGAGCAUAGGGAUCGCCUACUUCCUGCGCUGAUUCACUACGUGUCUAACAUCUCUGGCAAUUACGUUGGCAGUUGGCAGUAGAGGCUUGCGCUGGCUGCAAUGAGUGCAAUCAACCUUUGUGCGGUGUGCAGAAAACGCAGGUCUCUCGGACUGCAAGGGCAAGAGAUGCGCUACCUCGGCACCUCAGCUGAUAUUCAGCCAGAAUUCGUUCCAAAUAUUUACUAUGGACGCUGAGACAUGUUAACGGUUGAACAGGAGUAUUUGUGUCUAUAUUAAUGAACACAAACAUGAAUGAAGUGGACUCAGCAUUUGUGAACUGCACCCUUUCAUCAAACAGCUCAUGGAUUGGCGAUGUCCACGAAGAUGAGUACUACAGUAUUGUCGAGGUCACCGAGACAACUAUUUUACCAGCUUUCGUAGGUUUUCUCUGUUCCACAGGCUUGGUGGGGAACAUUCUGGUACUGGCAACUAUUCUGAGGUCUCCCAAGAAGACGGUUCCUGAUGUGUACAUGUGCAACCUGGCGGGGGCCGACCUGGUGCACGUCACCGUCAUGCCCUUCCUGAUCCACCAGUGGGCCCGAGGGGGCCAGUGGGUGUUUGGGAACACCCUCUGCACCAUCAUCUCCUCCCUGGACAACUGCAACCAGGUGGCUUGUGCCGUCAUCAUGACCGCUAUGAGCCUGGACAGGUAUCUAGCGCUGGUGCACCCCUUCCGCCUGAUGAGCCUGAGGACGCGCUCGAAGACCAUUUGGAUCAACCUGUUUGUGUGGGCCGUCUCCGGCGUCCUAGCGCUGCCCGCCUGGGUCCACUCUGAGGUCCUCCGCUUCCCUGACGGCCUGGAGAGCUGCUCCAUGAACCUGGCGUCCCGCAGGGCACUGCUUUGGUACACCAUCUACCAGACCAUGGUGGCCUUCUUCCUCCCUCUGUCUCUCAUUCUCCUCUGCUACCUCCUCAUCCUGUGCUACACCUGGAAAAUGUACCGGAGGAACAACAAGGCACACCAGUACAAUACCAGUGUGCCGAGAGAGCGGGUGAUCCGGCUGACCAAGACGGUCCUGGUCCUGGUGUCGGUGUACCUGGUGAGCAUGGGACCGUACCACGUGCUGCAGCUGGUGAACCUGAGUGUGCUGCGGCCGUCAUUGGCCUACCACACCUGCUACUACCUGUCAGUGUGCCUCAGCUACGCCGCCAGCAGCGUCAACCCCUUCAUCUACAUCCUGCUGAGCGGACACUUCCGCCUGCGCCUCCGCACGGCACAGCGCCUGACCCUCAACCCAGCAGCCCAGCACAGCACACUCUGACUGCGUGGUCCAGAUCAGUUUUUGACUCACAACGUGCUCCAAUCCAGUUUAUGAACCUCCACAGCACGCUCUAAUCUAGUUCCUGUACUGCAGCGUGCAC